GGCUGUCAACCACUUUUGGAUUUUUUUGUUUUCUUACAUUUUUGCUCGCGACCUGGGCAUCAGUUCACCCGCGAUGGGAGCAAAUGGCCAGCGACGUGGCCAGCGAAACGAACUUCACCAAUGCGGCUAGGAUCGAGGAGGCCAGGAAGGAAGCCAUGAGCGUCGAUAAGCAGGUGCAUCUCUACUAUCACAGCAAGUUGCCGAAUAAGAAGAAAUCGGAUGCCAGCGGGGUAAUCGAAAGUGUCUACAUCGAGACGACAGUCUGCAUUCGAAAAUACUACGAGGGUGAACAGCUCGAGCGGUUUAGGGACUGCAUCCGACACGUUAUCAAUCUGCAUCUGGACCGAUUGAAGGUCUACAACAAAAUUGGCGAGGGUUCGCAGGCGGCCAACGGAGCGAGUAGACUUAAAAUCUGGCUGUGAUGAUAUUGGACCCUGGAAUCCCAUUGGAUCCCUGGCAGGCAGGCGUCAAGUCUGCUUUCUUUGUGCCCUCCCUGCAACCCUGUGUUGUACUUUAAUUAGACAGUCAACUCGAGACGA